GUUAGCAAGAUAGAUUUUUAUUUUUAUCUACAUUUUCUGAUUCAAAUAUAAGGUUUUUGAGAAAUUGGAAGAAAGUAUUAAAGCAUUGACGGUACAAGGUAUUUUAGUUUUACUUAAAAAUUUGCACAUAGCAUCUGUGAUACGGUUUGAGAAUUCCUAACAGACUUGGUUUAUCUUGUGUGGCUUUUGCAAGAGAGUGUUUUUGCUGUGCUUAGUGGUUUGCACAUUACUCAGUUUGUGUGUGAGUGGUGUGUGCUUUGCACAGUAAUACAGUUUGGACCUUGAGGAUGGCGUUCCCACGUAUGCUGAAAUGCUCAGGGAGAUAGAGCGGGUGGCUCUUGCGUUGUUUUCUGAUACGGAGCGUCACCGUAGCUCGGCAGAGCAGUCUUUGCUCUGAAGUUGAACUGUGCUCACGCUCCAGCGUUCAGACAGCAGAAAUGCGUUAAGCUCCUGGUGAUGAAACCUGUUGGAUCUCUAGUGGAAGCAGCUGGAGCCUUCGGCUUGUUACCUAGCAAUGAUCCAAGUCUUGCAGCUUGUAAAGGAGCUGGUGACACCGUCCAGGCAGAAGGCAGCCACGGCGAAGGAAGAUUCGGACCAGGAUGUAGCGCUCAAACUCGCUCAGGAACGAGCUGAAAUAGUUGCUAAAUAUGACAGAGGACGGGAAGGUGCAGAGAUCGAGCCCUGGGAAGAUGCUGAUUAUCUUGUUUACAAAGUCACCGAUAGAUUUGGCUUUUUACAUGAGGAGGAGCUCCCGUAUCCUAACGCAGCCGCGGACCGGCAAAAGCAACUGGAAAUCGAAAGGACUUCCAAGUGGCUGAAAAUGCUGAAAAGAUGGGAGAGAUACAAGAACACCGAGAAGUUCCAUCGACGAAUUUACAAAGGAAUUCCACUCCAGCUCCGAGGUGAAGUCUGGGCCCUUCUUCUUGAGAUCCCUAAAAUGAAAGAAGAAACAAGAGACCUCUAUAGUAAAUUAAAGCACAGAGCACGGGGUUGUUCGCCUGAUAUCAGACAAAUAGACCUUGACGUGAACCGCACAUUCAGGGACCAUAUCAUGUUUAGAGACAGAUACGGUGUCAAGCAGCAAUCCUUGUUCCACGUUCUUGCUGCCUACUCCAUCUACAAUACGGAGGUCGGGUACUGUCAAGGGAUGAGUCAGAUCACAGCUCUGCUCCUGAUGUACAUGAAUGAGGAGGACGCCUUCUGGGCCCUGGUCAAGCUCUUCUCAGGCCCCAAGCACGCCAUGCAUGGUUUUUUUGUCCACGGUUUCCCUAAACUCUUGAGAUUUCAAGAACAUCAUGAGAAAAUUCUGAGCAAAUUUUUGUCCAAACUAAAGCAGCACUUGGAUUCUCAAGAAAUCUACACAAGUUUUUACACAAUGAAGUGGUUUUUCCAGUGUUUCCUUGACCGAACUCCCUUCAGGCUGAACCUCAGGAUCUGGGACAUCUACAUCUUUGAGGGAGAGCGAAUUCUCACUGCUAUGUCUUAUACAAUCUUGAAGCUACACAAAAAGCAUCUAAUGAAGUUGUCUAUGGAAGAACUUGUAGAAUUUCUUCAGGAGACUCUUGCCAAGGACUUUUUCUUCGAGGAUGAUUUCGUAAUAGAGCAACUGCAGGUCUCUAUGACAGAGUUAAAGCGGGCCAAGUUAGAUCUCCCAGAACCUGGUAAGGAGGAUGAAUACCCAAGGAAACCCCUGGGGCAGCUCCCACCUGAGUAUACCAAUCACUUGAGCAAUGGACAAAGAAGUGUUGGCAGGCCCAGCCCCAAAAUAAGCAGCAGGAGAGAAGAUGGGUCGCCUCACAAGGCACAUGAGCACUCUCCUGCCCAUCACAGCAGAAAUGGCACCCCAGAAAGAGUCGGGCAGUCAAGACGCAAGUCUGUGGAUGAGGGUAGUAAAAAUCUGAAGCAGGAGGCAGAUUUUCAGAGAAAACCUUCAUCGGGCAUACAGGACAACUCCAAGCACUAUAACCAUGCAACUGCUAACCAAAAUAGCAAUGCACUUUCCAACAUCAGGAAGGAGUUCGUGCCCAAAUGGAGGAAGCCAUCGGAGGCCUCAGCUAUCGAAAGAACUGCUAAAUACGCCAUUGAAGGCAGAAGUCACUCAGUGUUUCCCGCUCUCUCUGUCGCAGUCCCAAGUUCUGCUGAGACCCGAUUGUCAAACUCAAGGCAAAAGAUGAAGGCUUUUGAUGGUGGUGAGGGGAACCGGGGUUCCAAUGCUUCCCAGUAUGACAACGUGCCUGGGAGUGAGAGCGAGCCUGGAGCGUCUGCAGAGGAGGGACCAGAGCGGACUCACCCUCACAGUCCAAGGAAGCACUCUGAGCCAAGUCCCAGUCCAUCAAAAGUACCCAACAAGUUUACCUUUAAAGUGCAGCCUCCCAGCCAUGUACGAUACCCAUCCCAGCCAGCAGGGGAGGAUCACAGAGCUGCAUAUCCACCCUCCUACAGCAACCCGCCUGUCUACCAUGGAAAUUCUCCAAAACACAUCCCUACUGCCCACAGUGGCUUUGCGUCCACACAGAUCAGCCCGGGGCCUCAAAUGAACCCUUCCAGGAGACCUUACGGUUCCUCUCUUUCAGGUGACACUUCUCCAGAGAAGUCCUACGGCCGCCCAACUCCUGUUCUUCCCUCUAGUCGAAUUGAAGUCCUUCCCAUAGACAUUGGUGCCCGGGGAUACGGCAGUUCAGGGUCACCAAAGAGCGGAAAGUUCAUCCUUCCCCCAGUGGACUAUUUGCCUGAGAACAGAAAAUGGUCAGAAUUUAGUUACACAUACAGACCUGAGGUGCAUGGUCAGUCAUGGACUCAGGAUGCUACCCGUAGCCACUUAAGCAAUUUACCAAAAUACGCAGCCUUUCCGCACAUACCUCUUCAGGACCACGGCCUUCCAGAAGUGUCUGUAGACAGUCCAGUGAGGUAUAAGACUUCACCAGCUGUGGAAGAGGCCAGUCCUCCUGGGUAUCCAUACGCAGGGCCCACACCUUCAUCACAUCACUACAGAAAUCGAGAGGGCCUGUCUGUUCAGGAAUCAGUGUUGCUGUGAGAAUUUUCUGUAUUCACUGACAACAGGGGAAUAGAAACCAUAUGAUGCCCGUGUUUAUAAUUGCCAAAGCAGUAUUGUUUAUAUUGUAAACAACUUGUGCAGCUCAGUGUGUGUCAGUAAGGAGAGUGUGGGGUGCGUCCCCCCGUGUAGAGGCCACUGAAGAAGAGCGAUUCGUUUGCGUCCUGGCUGAACGUCUGAGAGUGACCUGGAAACACAGCCAGGUUCUCUCUGCUCUUCCCUUUGUGUUCCCCCUCACACCCGGUCUGUUCUGACUACUGUCAGAGAGCACUGAGACACUGUAGAACACAUCCUCCGAGGGCUGUCCCUCGACUCUGACUAGAUGAGGCAAACAACUGUGCACAUAGAUUUUGUUUUUUAAAAAACCACCUUUAAAUCUAGAUCCAUGGAAUAACAGUGGUUUUUUUUUUUUUUUUUACCCCUUAUCUUUUGGCCCACCCCACCUGGACAUAUUUUAACCUAUGUUCUAAACUAAAACUAACUAAAGUUUGUCCGACUUUAUGAAUCCAGCGCCUUUCAGAAUGUCAUUCUCCUUCAGGUGCUGCCAUUUUCUCAGCUCCUGAAAGUUAAAGGCUGUGGAGAAAGGCUCACCACUCGAUGGUGCCUAAAGUGGUUCAGUUAGCCAGAGUGAGCGGCUGCACAGCGUUCACUGUGUCCCCUAAACUCCAAGUGUCUCGGUGCUGCCGGGCCCUGGCCUCUGGACUGGCUGCAGAGGGACCUGGAAGUCAGACCUUGCAGUGCCGUAGGCGGUGGGUGGUUCCUUCUCACAGUAAAGCAAGGCUGCAUCUCCCUCACAGGGCACGGUCCGCACCGGCUGGCUUUGUCACCCAGGCUCCACAGAGUGUAGUAGGUGGAUGGAUGCUGCAGCACUCACUGGGCCAUUACAUCACCCUGGUCAAAACUGUGAAAUGCCCUAAUGACGGAUAAGAAUCUAGAGUUUUGAUCUUUGUAAAAAAGAAAAAAAAGUAGUUUGUUUCAUAGUUUUGGAAAUUUCUUUCAAUGAAAAAUAAUCGAAGUUCAUGUUUUUAAAAAGGCAAUGAUUCCUUUAUGCUGUCACACACUACUGUCACCAAGACACUGACAAAGAGCGGGUUCUCCAAGAACCAUGGCUGUGUCUCCGUAGAUGCUCGCCCACCAUUACCCUCUUGUACUGAAUAUCAGAAACUAGGAAGUCCAACAGUGACGCUCCCCCGCCCCACAGCAGGACUUAGGCCUUUGAGGUACAAGAAUAUGUCUUCAUGAAAGUAACAUUGUUUAUCUAUCAAACGUGACAAUAUUUUGAUGUAUAUAGUGAUUCUAAUGUAAUUUAAUUAACGGAAUGAUGUUUUUAAGUGUGGAAGCAAAUGCAGUAUAUUAAAAGUGGACACCACACCGACACCCCCAACUCCUGACCAAAUAACCAGGCUCUUGAUUUAGAUCAUGUGGAAGGUGAGAAAUAAAUGUAUGUAGACGUGUAGUUGAGGAUCUUACGGUUCUUAGAGUACGACUCUGCAACUCGUAAGGAGCAAGCUGUACAAUGUAGUUCAUGAGGGCAGCAUCUGUGCCUCUUCAGAAAGUACAUAUCUAGUGGUAAAUAAUGUAGAUUAUAUAUAUAUAUAUAUAUGCAGUAUAUAAGGACACACUAUUUUCUUAUGUCAUCUAUGGCCUUUUUUUAUCUGUGUACUUUUUGAUGUGAUUGUUUUUAACACGCUAAGAGUAAUCCGUGUACUUUGUUCUGCGUCUUCUGUGCAGCUUCCCCGUGGCAGGUGCUGCACCCCGGGGCUGGCCGGGCCCGCAGAUGCGCCACCAGCAGAUCUUACACACGCUCAGCUCUCUGCUCGCAUUCCAGUGAGACCGUGUUUAGAACCACAGCGCCUUUCCUUGGCUUAAGCGUUUCUAAUGGCAGCAAAGUCUUCCCCUCCAUAAGAUGUACCUCUGUUGGCUUUCAGUAGGAGAUUUUAAUUUAAAAUUAUUUUGCCACUAUACAAUUUUAUUUUAAAUUUAUUUUUAAAUAAAAGAAAUGAUAAGAGAAA